AUGGAGGCGCCACCACCAUCAACACCAACGCGGCGCCUCCACCACAACCACGUCACACAUCUCUAUACACGUAGAUUUGGAUUUGACUAUGACCGGGUUUGUAGCAGCUUCCGAUCAACGCUAUGCGAUGUGUAUAAAUUCAGGCAACUCCAUUCGAUCGCUUCGAUGCUGAGCCUCAGCGCUGGAGGUAACAUAGCAGAACAACCCCGAACUUUCACAUCCACCACAACCACAAAUCCACACUUCCACCCCCACACAACCCUUCAUUUUCGUUUAUUCAGACAACAUGGCUACCGUAUAUCUUGUGAUAUCUUUAAAAAAUUCAUAGACGAGACUGGAAAAUUCAAAGAGAGCAUUAAGAGUGAUGCAAGCGGAUUGCUGAGCUUAUAUGAAGCUGCAUAUUUGAGAGUGCAUGGAGAAGAUAUACUAGAAGACGCCCUCACUUUUACUACAGAGAACUUGAAAUCAAUGGCACCGAAUCUAAGCUCUACCAUUGGGAAACAAGUAGCUCAUGCCCUUGUGCAAUGCAUCCAUUUUGGGAACCCAAGAAUCGAGGCACGAAACUUCAUCUCCAUCUACCAAGAAGAUGAGUCCAAAAAUGAAAUGCUACUUAGAUUUGCCAAAUUAGACUAUAAUUCUUUGCAAAUGUUGCAUAAAAAGGAGCUCUAUGAAGUAUCAAGGUGGUGGAAGGAUUUGGACCUUGUUUCUAAGCUUCCAUAUGCUAGAGAUAGAGUGGUAGAAUGCUUUUUUUGGGCUAUGGGUGUUUAUCAUGAACCUCAAUAUUCAAUUGCUCGAAUCAUGCUCACCAAAACCAUUGCAAUGACAUCGAUAAUAGAUGAUACAUAUGACGCCUAUGGUACAGUUGACGAACUUGAAGUUUUUACAGAGGCCAUUAUGAGGUGGGAUAUUAGUGAAGUUGAUCGGCUUCCUGAGUACAUUAAACCAUUCUAUAGUGCUCUUUUAGAUCUUUAUGAGCAAUUUGAUGAAGAACUAUCAAAAGAAGGAAGAUCUUAUGCUGUCCAUUAUGCAAAAGAAGCUUUGAAAGAACUUGUGAGGACAUACUAUGUGGAAGCCAAGUGGUUUAUUGAAGGAUACAUGCCACCAUUUUCUGAGUACAUGAGCAAUGCCUUAAUCACAUGCACUUACGUUUAUCAUACAACUACAUCCUUGUUGGGGAUCAAAUCUGUCACCGAGAAAGACUUUGAAUGGCUAAGCAAUAAACCUAAAAUGCUUGUUGCUAGCCUCAUAAUAUGUCGACUCGUUGAUGACAUUGCUACAUAUGAGGUUGAGAAGGAAAGGGGCCAAAUUGCCACUGGCAUCGAAUCAUACAUGAAAGAGAAUCAGGUAACUAAAGAAGUGGCAGUUGACAAGUUUUUUGAAAUGGUUACAAAUGCAUGGAAGGAUAUUAAUGAAGAGUAUAUGCGACCAACUUCCUCUCCAAGAGAAAUUUUAAUGCGCAUUCUCAACCUUGAACGUAUUAUAGAUGUCACUUAUAAAGGCAACGAAGAUGGAUAUACACAGCCACAAAAAGUUCUGAAACCCCACAUCACUUCUUUGUUUAUUGAUCCCAUUGAGGUCUAAUGUUAGUAGAGAUCAAGUUGGUGAAAAAUUGAUGUAAUCGAACAUGAUUAUUUUUCAUUUUUUAUCUUUGUUAUUAUUUAUUAUCCACGGAGAUAAAGCAAAAUGCUUCAAAUAAGUUGUAAACCUUA